AUGGAGACAGCUCUGACGAUCACAGAACUGCUGACUCUGGAUGCCCAUUCCUUGCAGAAGAGGUUAGAAGCAAGAACGCUUACAAGCGUUGAGCUCGUGGACUCGUGUCUCGCGCAGAUCGAAAGUCAUGAUCGAAAUGGAGUGCAGUUGCGGGCAAUUACUGCAAUUGCACCACUUGACAAGCUUCGAGAGCGAGCCCAACAACUUGACAAUGAUCGCGCGUCAGGUCAUGUGAAGAGUAGCUUACACGGGAUACCUAUACUUGUCAAGGACUGCAUUGCAACGAGUCCAAGAUAUGGGCUCAAAACCAGCGUUGGUAGCCUUGCGCUGAAAGACUCAUUUCCUCGAAAGACAUCCAAAGUCGUUGAUAAGGUCUGA